CCAUUUCCACAUUAACCUACUUUUUAUGACAGCGCACUUCUGAAGACUUGAGGCUUAAAAUGAGGCUUCACAUGAAUCGUUACCAAAAUGCUGUGUUUACAUCAGAUAGUGUCCUUGGUAUGGAUCAACAACAUACUACUGUAUAUCUUCACUGAUAUUUUCAGGGAUUGUCCAUGUACAGUGACAUACAUGUACAUACAUUUACGUACAUGACAUGAAUGUACAUUGCGAUAGCUCAGGUUCAUGGUUAGCAGUAGACAUGAAUAUUCAUGACAUCUGUUCACACCCCAACCCGCUGGCUCUCAAUUUCUCUCUAUCUUUGCUCUCCACCUUUUCUCUCUCUCUCUCAUUCGGAUAGAAUACUCUUCUGUGGUCAGGAAGUAAAUGCGCCUCUUUAAUGUUUCAGCAAAAGUCAUUGCAAGGCGCGUCCGCCAUGCCACGCCAAAAGAAAGAGAAGUAAACAGGGUUUAUAAAAUAAAUGAACGGUGUUUGGUAUACAGAAGUGAAUGGGCAGCACCGGAAGCUGUAACCAACCACAGGAGUCUACCAUGACGGCAUCAUUGUGACCUAAUUCCGAGAUGGAUAACCUGCCCUGCACAGAGUAAUGAGACUGAACUAAGUUGAACCGUAUCUCUCUGCUUAGGACUGAGUGAAGAGAGAGGUUAUGGAGGAGGCUAUGGUGUGCUCUCCUCUCCCAGACCUCAAGGAGCCAGACAGCCAGACAUGGACCUCCAUGGAGCUCCUACCACCGAGCAGGCCCCUGGAGGAGGCUACUCGGUGGGGAGAGAUGGAGAAGCAGGUGAACAAGGCAGACAGGGAGAAAGAGGACAACUCUCCUCAAACUGGAAGGAUCUCUGAGGAGCCAGAGGAGCACUGGGACUCCAUGACUUUACCUGUGUACCCCAUGACCUGUCCCAGUGUCCUUCUGUCCUUUGCCACAGUGCAGUGGGACAUGCCUGACCUUUCCCCUGACACACCCUUCCCCAUGACUGACAACAGCUUGGCCGAUGAGCUGAAUUCCAGUGGAGCAUCCAGUCUGGACUGGACUGUGAACCCGCUGUCCCUCCACCACCACCACCACCAGCAGCAGCAUCAAUCCUGUGUGACAGUGAUAAACAUAGAGCUGUCUGUCCAGGAGAAGACAGAGAAGCACAAUAGACCUGAACAGCAGUUGCCUCUGGACAGUGAAGACUCCCAUCCGCCGCUGUUGCAAUUCCAGGCAUGUGAUACCCCGAGCCCAGAUGUGGAGGCUUCAGCACAACAGCUAUUUGAGGAACAUGACUCUCUUUCAGAAAGCUCUCCAUGGCCAGAGACAGAGAAAGGGAUGGGACAGCCUGUGACAGAAGACACUAUCCCACCCUCUGACAGAGCUCCUAGCCCUGUACAGACAGGAGAGUCAGAGACUGGACUGGAUAGUGAGAGUCUAGACUCUGUACUGGGAGAGGAACAGGAACAGACUAGCAAAGUGCUAACAAUACCGAUCAAUUCAGAUCAAGGAUCAAGCUCUACGAACUAUGAGGAGAAGGAACAGGCUGUAACUAAUUUAGCUUAUAAUGGAGAUUGUGAUGAGCUGACAGAACAGACCGAGCAGUCAGAGGGGAGGGAACAGUCAGAUAGUGAGGGGGAAUCAGAGACUAUAGAACUCUUAGAGCACCUGUUUGAGCCAGCUGAACUGAAAGAACAGUCAGAGCUCACAGAGAAGUCUGAACACAGUGGGCAGUCAGAGCCUAACCACACAAAACAGAGUGAAUACAAAGACAACACCGAGACAACAGAGCAGCCAGAAGAGUCUGAGCAACUUGUAGAGUCCGACCAGGUAGAGCAUUCAAAUCAGUUAGGGGAGGAAGAACAGCAAACUGAAGAGACCCAUUUACAACAUGCAGACCAGUCAGACGAGAUAGACCAGUCAGAACAAUCAAAAGAAUCAGAGCAGACGGAACAGUCAGAGCAGACAGAAUGUUUAGAAUCAAAACAAUUGCAACAGACACAACAUUCUCAACAAACAAUGCACUCAGAGCAGACAGAAUUUUCAGUGCAGACGGAACCACAGACAGAACCAUCACGGGAAAUGGAACUCUCAGAAGAUUCUGAGCAGACAAAACAAUCAGGGGAGACAGAGCAGACGGAACAGUCAGAGCAGACGGAACAGUCAGAGCAGACGGAACAGUCAGAGCAGACGGAACAGUCAGAGCAGACGGAACAGUCAGAGCAGACGGAACAGUCAGAGCAGACGGAACAGUCAGAGCAGACGGAACAGUCAGAGCAGACGGAACAGUCAGAGCAGACGGAACAGUCAGAGCAGACGGAACAGUCAGAGCAGACAGAUAACAAACCAGUACAUUCAAAGCAGUUAGAUCUAUGUUUCCAAUGCACAGAGGAACUUGAACAGUCAGACCAUACAGAAGAGCAGAAACAGUCAGAGAUUGAACAGCCUGCGCAGACUGAACUGACUGAGUUGACAGAAGAGGAUGCGCAGACAGAGCAUUUCAAGCAGGUAGAAGAAUUGGAACCAAAAGAGUAUAAAGAGGAUUCAUGUUUGCCGCCCAGGGAAGGAAGUUUAGAGCAACUGGAGUCUCAGGUACAGCAAACAGAGGCCUCAGAACCAGUGGUGGUCCAUAUGAAUGGUGGAGUUUUGGACAGGGAGAAGGCCUGCAGGCUGGCUGAAAGACUCUACAGGCUGGAUGGGAUCCACAAGACAGAUGUGGUCAAACACCUGGACAAAGACAAUGGCUUUAGCCAAGCUGUUGGGCAGGAGUACCUCAAGUUCUUUGACUUCACCGGUCAGAGUCUGGACCAAGGCCUGAGGUCUUUCCUGAGGGUGGUGGUGGUGAUUGGUGAGACCCAGGAGAGAGAGCGAGUACUGCAGCAUUUCUCCUGUCGCUUCCAGCAGUGCAACCCUCACACCUUCUCCUCUUCAGGAGAAGUACUCACACUCACCUGUGCUGUGAUGCUUCUGAACUCUGAUCUGCAUGGACAGAAUGUGGGUAAAGCCAUGUCUGUGUCCAGCUUCGUGUCCAACCUGGAUGGGAUGAAUGAGGGUGAGAACUUCAACAAGGAGCUGUUAAAGGCUCUCUACAACACCAUUAAGAACGAGCCUCUGGAAUGGGCAGUUGAUGAGAAGGAACUGAAGAGCUCCAUGCUGUUGGUGGAGGACGCUAAAGAGGACGCACCCUUGCGCUCCAAGAGCAACCCGUUCCAAGAUGUGCCUCAUGACAAGAAGGCCACAGUGUUCAAACAGGGCUUUCUCAAACGCAAGGCCCACGCUGACAUCGAUGGCAAACGCACUCCUUGGGGGAAGAGAAGCUGGAAGACCUUCUAUGGAGUUCUGAAGGGAAUGGUCCUCUACUUACAGAAGGAUGAGUAUAGGAUGGAGUGGCAGAGUACAGAGGAGGUGGUCAGUGUGCACCAUGCCCUGGCAGAGCAGGCAGCAGACUACACCAAGAGACCACAUGUCUUCCGUCUGCAGACUGCCGACUGGAGGAUCUUCCUCUUCCAGGCCUCCUCCACAGCAGAGAUGAGUUCAUGGAUCAGCCGUAUUAACCUGGUGUCAGCCCUGCGCUCUUCUCCUCCCUUCCCUGCUGCCGUGGGCUCUCAGAGGAGGUUCUGCAGACCCAUCCUGCCUGCCUCCCAGUCUGCUCAAACACUGGAGAGACAGCUGCAGUCCCAUGCUCGCAUGCUGCUGUCCUUCCAGGAGGACCUGGCCUACCUACAGCAGAGUCUCCCUGAGAGCCGCAGGGCCAAGGCCAAGGAGCUGGAGGAACACCGAGUCAGAGAGGAGUACCUGCAGCAUGAGAAAUGUCGCUACGAGGCCUACAUCCAGAUGCUGGAGGCCUGGAAGGGUUUGAACCAGUCAGUCGACACUGAGGUGGGAACCAGCGAGCUCAGCCUGUUUGACAGAGCUGUGUGUAAGGACCCAGUGGAUGAGGAGGGGAAGGAGGGAACCCUGAAGAAGUCCCACUCCAGCCCCUCCCUGGAUCUGGAGAUGGCCUCGCCCCACGUGGUCAAAGUCAAACGCAACAUCUCGGAAAGACGGACCUAUCGCAAGAUCGUCAUACCUCGACGCAACCGGGACAUAUGAGAAAAGGUGCCCAAAAGGGAUGCAAAUAUGACUCUUACAUGAGUUUUUAAAUGGCUAUUUUUAGGACAUAGACACAAUGUGUUACUUCCAAGCACUGUCCUUUUAGUUUUCAUUUUCAGCAAGAAGGCAAAACUCAUCAAAACGGAAUGACUCAAUCUCAGGGAACUUGCUUGUGUACUUUUCUUUGUUACAUUUGCUUUACAUACAAGUAUUUAGUUAAUAUUUGUGCACUUUCAAUUGAACAAAAUGAAUUAAACCUCAGAAGUCAAUGCUCCCUGCUGAGACAGGUCAAGAAGAGUGAUAAUGUUUGUCUCUGAAUGAUUUUAUUCCCUUUAAAACCCACAUGAACAUACCUACACCUCUGAAUUUGCUGUGAUAUGUUGAGAUUCGUGUUUAUUUCUAUUAGAAAUGUAUCUCUGCAGUUACAAAAUGUUACUUGUUUGCGCCAUAUGGUCUAUGUAUGCAGUGUGCAAUUGUAACCUCAAGAGGGUGCUAUACAACAGCAUAUUACACACGAAGGCAUGUACAGUUUGAAAAAUCAUCAACAUUAUGUCAAUAUGCUCAUUUUAGUUCUUGUAUGUUUUAUGUAAUUUUAUAUAAACAUAUUUGGAUUGCAUCUCCAUGAAAGACUAAAACUACCAUAAUAUUACACUAGAAGUAUCACAAUUAUUUUCUGAGAACAGAGAAGUUUAUGAUAGUUAAUUUAUUUCAAUCCCAAUUAGCCUUUUUGAGUUUAGCUCAAUUAUCCAUCCCAAUUCUUUGAGCUGCCAGUCACAUAUCCCCUUGUGGUAAUAGGAAUGGCAUAAAGGGAAUUACUAGCAGACAAAGACAACUUUUUGAUCUCUCUCGGUGGCACAUGGAGGAAUUCUGGGCCAUUUUGUUCUCUUUCAGAGUGACAUCUUCAGCCAUGGUCAACCUGGAGUGUCUCAAUACAGAACAGGAUGUUUCAGAAGACCCCCACAUUGCUCCUUAAUGUCACUGUUGUGGAUGACACACAGGAAUGUGAUGUGACAAUAAGUAACACAGUUAGGGGCACAGACAAUACAGAUGGGGCUAACCUUGUCUGACUGGGCUGGUCUCUUCAGGAUCAAGAUUGGUAGCUUUAACAGGAACAUACGUACGUUCAUAAAUAAAUUAUACAUACAUCAUUUUAUUGGGAACCAACUACUAGGGCCCAGAGUUUUUCUUGUUCAGGUCACUUGGUAAGGAUAAAGGAGGGGCUUCUCUUAUGAGACAUGGGUUCAUCAAAUAUGUCAUUUUACGAUAUUGCUGAUACAGGACUUGGGUUAAUGUGAUAAUGUUUAUGUGUAUGUAUUCUCUGUGAAAAUAGUUCCUAUUCAUUUAUUUUAAUAACAACAGACUAAUAAGAUGAAGUCAGAUUCUAAAGAUGUGGAUGAUUGAUUGCGCAAAUGAUUGGCAGGAGCAUCAGGCCAUGGCAAUGCUCCAGGUGUGUCUGCCUGAUAAACUGAAAAGACGCCAUCUUGGAAAACCUUCAUGUUAUUGGUCUGUUGUACAUGAAUUGUAACAGUAGGAGAAAUCCAAAAUCCUGCUGUUCUGGGGCAGCGUUAACCUGUUAAACACAUGAGACCUCAUUUAUCAAUCAUGCAUAGGCACAAAUCUAGGUGUAAAUCAUGCGUGGGAUUAUUUCGAUGCAAAGUGUGAGAUUUAUCAAUAUGACUGGUUGAUUGAGAGUGUGUGUAGAUUUACACACAGCCAUGACCAUGCAUACGCACAGGGCCAAGUGGUGGAAUAAGGGAACUCCUUGUCAAGAGUAGAAUGGGGAAAAUGUAUGUUGAAAAUGUGUGAAAUUGUGAGAGUAAUAAUUAAAUAUAUGUUCGAUUUCA